UGACCAUGACCACCAUGUUUUUAUUUCUUCUUCACGGCACGAGAGAGUUAAAUUUAACUUUGGUGAGGGAGGAAGAACGAAAGCAAGAAAGGAAUGAAGCCAUCGUUGCAAAUUACUACCACUACUGCUACAAGUGGUGCUACUUCGUCUCGUUUUUCUGACUUCCCCGUUCAUCGCAUCCGAACGUAGUAGCUAGGGAGCUUGGCAACGUGAAAGGAAGCAUCGAUGGGGUCGGAAUGGAAGGAUUGGCUGUGGGUGUGGCAGCAGAGAUGUGGGGGGGCGGGAGGAGCUGUGAUGUAGAAACGCAACAGCAGCAGGAGUAGCAGGAGUGAGUAGCAGGAGCAGGAGAAGCAGGAGAAGCAUUAGCGCAGACGAAUCUCUCACUGGGUGGUGGGCUUCCGUGGAAGUACGUCAUGCCAGCUCCCUUCGUCGUGGUGUAGCAUCGGAAUUACAUCUGGUGGGACUGAUCAUGAGAGGGACUGUAAGAGAGAGAGAGAGAGAGAGAGAGAGAGAGAAGGCAGAGAGAGGGAGAGCGAGAGAGGGGAAGGAAGGAAGGAAGGAAGGAACGAGUCGUGUUAGCAUGUAGCAGAAGAUCAUCAUAAACUUUUUUGUGAGUUGGUGGAUUGUGUCUUGGUGUGGAGGGGAAGGGAGAGAGAGAGAGAAGGCAGCGAGAGAGUGUGUUUAGAGAGUCGGUGUUUAUAGAGGUAGCGAGGGGGCUCUCAAGGGUGGUUCUUAUGCCGUAACCUUGCUUGAUUAGUAAUCAUUUGCCUCAAGGAGGUGACAUCCUCCCCACGUUGUUGUUCCUUUCGCUUCUUCUUCUUCUUCUUCGACUUCCCUUUUGUGUUAGCUUUCGGGAAGGAGAAGAGUAGUUCUGUGUUGUUGACUUCUUCGUGUUGUUCUCGAUAGCUGGGUUCGACGAUGGUGGUGGUGGUGGUGGUUGUAGGUUAGCUAAGAAUUGGAAAGAUUCUGUGCUGGAGAGACUGGGUGUGGGGUGCACCUGAAUGUGGUGGGUUGCUAUAGGUGUGGAUCGCUGCUUUGAGAUUCGGGGUUUGACUUGACACCAACAAUUUUGAUCUAUUGGAGGUAUCUGAGGAAUUGCGGUGGUGGUGAUGUAUCUACUUGUGUGACCGUCUGUGAGCAUCUGCUGAAUUGAUUUGUGUAACAGUUAGGAGUUCGUGUCGUUGGGAGCAUCUGAGAGACGUUGUUGUGGAGGAGAUUAGGAUAAGUGCUGUGAGUGCCUCAUGCAGGUUUGAAGACCCUGAAAUCGGACAUUGACUUCUUCGGUCCAGCGUUGUUCUGGAUUCAGAAGGAAUUCUUGGUUAAUCAACUGCCAAUUGCGCCGUCCUUUAUGUUGUUUUUUUCUCCAUAAGAAAUGAGCGUCCUAGGUCGAAAUUGUUUCAAAAGUUACAUGGCAGAUUAGGGCGAGUUUUGUAUGGAGUUUCGAUGAGCUCAAUCAUUGGUCGUAUCAACCGGGGGCAAUUUGUCAAUUUUUUGUCCCCCUGCUCGCGUGUUUUCUCUUGUGUCGAUUGUUGUUCAUAGGGAGCCAUGGUUGCUCCUUCUGCGUUUGCGAUUGCAGCUCAUUAGUUUGAUGUGAUUCGUGGAUAUCAGAAACUGUUGCUGACGAGACCGGCGUGCGAGGUUUGUGAACUCGUGAUUGCCGCGCAUUGGGUGGUGAUUUUGUCAUUUUGACAAGACUUGCGGAGCAAAAUCCUGUGGGUAGGCUCCCGGGGCUUAGCUGCGGGGCAGAUGAUACUUCGAGAUGUGCGUGAAGCUGGAUGUCACUACUGGGGUAUCAAGUUACAGACGUUACCACGGCGGAACCCAGAUUUGCAAGCUCACUCUCUCCGCCUUCUAUUCAGACCACCAUGCCCACCACUGACAGCCAAGCUCUUGGAGAUGAAUACACGCUCUUCCCAGUCGAGGACAUUGUUCAGUACCCUCUUCCAGGAUAUGUAGCGCCGGCUUCAGUGCAGUUCAGUCCCGAUGAUAAGCUAAUCACAUAUUUGUACAGUCCCGACAGCACUCUCAGCAGGAAAAUCUACGCUUUUGAUGUGGCUGCCAGGCAACAGCGGUUGCUGGUCAGUCCACCUGGUGGCGGAGUGGACGAGGGUAACCUUUCCACAGUUGAGAAGCUGAGGAGGGAGAGGUUGCGAGAAAGGGGAUUGGGAGUGACACGUUAUGAGUGGGGCAAGGGUGUUCCUCACCGUCUGAUGGUUCCCCUUCCUAGUGGGAUUUAUGUUCAAGAAGGAGUACGAGCUGAACUACAACGGCGAGUGGCUAGCACCUCUUGGUCUCCUAUUCUGGAUCCCCAGCUUUCACCAGAUGCAUGUUCUAUAGCUUACGUUCGUGAUGAUGAGAUAUUUGUUGUUCCAGUAGCAUUCGGGGAUCCCAUUCAAAUUACAUCUGGUGCACGUGGAACUGGCAAGACUCAUGGACUUGCCGAGUAUAUAGCGCAGGAAGAAAUGGAUAGACGAAAUGGUUUCUGGUGGUCGCCUGAUAGUCGCUACAUUGCAUUUGCGGAAGUAGAUUCAACCAGGAUUCCACCUUUUAGGAUCAUGCACCAGGGGAAGGCGUCAACUGGUGGGGAGGCUGAAGAAAUUCACGCUUAUCCUUUUGCAGGCCACUCAAACGUGAGUGUGCGAUUAGGUGUGGUUCCAUCAAAUGGCGGUAGUGUAGUCUGGAUGGAUUUGGAGGUUGGUUUGUGCGGUGAAGGUCGAGAUGAUGAGGAGUAUCUAGCACGAGUCACGUGGUUGCCCAAUGGUAGUCUCACUGCGCAAGUACAGAAUCGGACUCAGACAAAACUUAAGCUAUUGAAAUUUGAUCCACUCACUGGCAAGAGGACUGUGUUGUUCACUGAGGAGAGCGAUGUUUGGGUUAACUUGCACGAUUGUUUCACUUCUCUACGAAAAUGUCAUGGACUUCUUUCAGGGGGGUUCAUCUGGGCAAGUGAAAAAACAGGAUUUCGGCAUUUGUAUGUGCACGAUGAAUUUGGCAAUUGCAUUAGGGCUCUCACGCAAGGGAGCUGGAUGGUAGAGCAAGUUGCAGGAGUGGACGAAGAGGCCGGCCUGGUGUACUUUACAGGAACACAUGAUAGUCCUUUAGAAAUGCAUCUGUACAGCGUCAGUCUGGACUGCACGCAACCAAACCUCGUAGAGCCCAAGAGGCUGACGCAAGGGGCAGGUCGGCAUAUUGUCGUAUUAGAUCACCAGAUGAAGAUGUUUGUUGAUAUACACGACUCUUUAGAUACACCACCCAGGCUGUUGCUGCGUUCCUUGGACACCGGAAAGCUACUCGUUACCAUUUAUGAGCAACCAGCCCCUACGUACCACACACGUAGGUUGCAAUUAACACCUCCGGAGUUCAAAUCACUCACUGCUAGCGAUGGGACUGUGCUGCAUGGGCUAGUUUACAUUCCAGAUUCUAAACAGUUCGGGCGCCCACCUUAUAGAACAGUGGUGAGUGUUUAUGGUGGCCCUAAUGUGCAAGUAGUGUGCAAUUCCUGGAUGAACACGGUGGAUAUGCGUGCCCAGUAUUUGAGGAGUCGAGGCAUUCUUGUUUGGAAGCUGGACAACAGAGGUAGUGCAAGAAGAGGUCUGGAUUUUGAAGGUGCGAUCAAGCACAACAUGGGAAAGAUCGACGUAGAGGAUCAGCAAACAGGAGUGCAGUGGCUGGUAAGCCAAGGCCUUGCAAUGUCGAACCGAAUUGGAAUAUAUGGAUGGAGCUAUGGCGGUUACAUGGCUUCAAUGGCCCUAGCACGAUGUCCACAAACUUUUUCCUGUGCUGUUGCUGGGGCGCCUGUCACCUCUUGGGAUGGCUACGACACCCACUACACGGAGAAAUACAUGGGAACCCCGGCCAGCAACCCAGCAGGGUACCAAUACAGCUCUGUCAUGCACCACGUUUACCAGAUUACUGGAAAACUGUUGCUGGUGCAUGGAAUGAUCGAUGAGAAUGUACAUUUUCGGCACACGGCUCGGCUUAUCAAUUCACUGACCGCUGCAUCCAAGGAUUAUGAGCUGUUGGUGUUCCCAGACGAGAGACACAUGCCACGGGGGCUCAGAGACCGGAUGUACAUGGAGGAGCGGAUUUGUGAUUUUCUAGAAAGAAAUAUAUGAGUGGUUAAAUUUGUAUGUAGUUGAAACUUAAACUCUUAGGUUCUUGCUCAUCUAAAGGUUCACACUGAAUGAAUGAGUCUCGGAAAUCCCCGCGAGUAGGUUCACUGUAUAAUAACUUUAUAAUACUGUGAUUCCAUCCCUGUAAAGUGGGAAAACGUAUGAUGUCGGCUGCAUUUUUACUCUGAAAUGUGGAGGAUUAGACAUGGUGUAACUUUUGGGCUUACCCAUCGAAAGCAUGUUGGCUUUGUCUUUUCUUUAUGGAUGGAUCCAAUAACAAGUUAUUUUAUUUGCAGUUGCAUGCUGCAUGGA